AUGCCAAUCAAGUGGACCUCAGAGUUGGAUGCCAUCCUUCUCCACGGCGUCUUUGAAGAAUGCAACAUCUCCUUCAACAAGAGCCUUUGUACCAAGAUCGCUGAGCGCGUUUCUGCCGCUGGCAUGGAAUGCACAGCCAAAGCUGUCGAGAACCGCUUGUACUCGUGGAAGAAGAAGAAUGUCUCCGGCCAGACCAACCUCAAUUCCGCCACCAACACGCCGUCCAAGUCCUCCGCUGCGAAUACUCCAAAGUCUACCCCCCGUGCCCGCGCCAAGUCGACCCCCCGCAAGAAGAAGCAAGUCUCUGAGGAGGUCGACAGUGAUGGCCCGUCUGGUCUUGUCGAUGACGACGAGGUGCUGAGUCCGACUGCGGCGCGCGGUAAGCGCUGUCUGAACGGAAAGGUGAAGCCGAAGUAUGCUGAGGCAAGUGAUAAUGAAGAUGGAAGUGUUGAUGUAGAGGAAGAGUAUGUUCCACUGGCUAAGCGGGUUAAGGCUGAGCCAGUGGAGGACGAUGAGGUUCUUGGCGAUGAGUUGGUUGACGAAGAGGUCUGA